AACAACAUGCAGCAUAUCACCAAUGUCUCUUGAUCUUCUCCUGAACCUAAGCACAGGCUCUACUCUUCAGCACAAUGGUGAUCUGCAAAACUCAAUUUUACAGUAAAGUAUUGGCAACAAUUUAGAGACCAGAUCCUGCUAUCAAUGAGUCAGACAACUUUAUGAUGACCAACAUCGCCUAAUCUAAGACUUUUUUUUUUGUAUGUUGCUUUAUUUCAGAGGCAGUAACAUAUAGUUAGUCAUUCAUGUGUGUUCUUUCUGGUCGAAUACAGACAUUAAACAUAACUGCAAGUUAUUCUGUGUUGUUAUCAUUCAGGUUGGAUUUCAGUUUUAAUGUACUUUUUUUUUUUUUUUUUUUUUUUUAAACAAAGCAGCUGAUAGAAACUAGUGGACUGCUGACUCGCUUGUGUAUUUUGUACAACAAUUGCAACUGCUUUUUAUCACUUAAAGAAGCACCACAAUUUUAAAAUGUUGUCUUCUGUUACAUAGUGACCACUGAACAGACAUUUAGAAGUGUAUUUUAAAAUGCAGAGUAUUGAAAAUAAUAAUUCAAACAAAAAAGCUGUAAACGCUUGCAUUUUUUUGCAACACUAAAUUAGUGUCUCUAAAUUAGGAGACAUCUGCGUCCCUUGUGUGGUAGUCCUACUAGUGAUGUAUUUGCUCAGCCAAUGCAUUAAUUUUUAGAAAUAUGCAAAAUUACUUCACUUAAAAUAUAUUUGGAUAAAUUACCUGUUGUUUUCAUUACAGAACUCUAACAAGACAUAAUGAAUUCAACUGAUGAAACAGAUUACUUCAACAGUGAUUACAGUGAUAUUGUAAAAGAUCUUCAAAAUCACUCAAACAACAUUCCUGUGGAUGUACAUGCUGGAUACUGCAAGGAAGCAGCAUGUGUAAUCACAGUAAUUCUUAAUGUGAUCAUAUUCCUUCUUGGCAUCGUUGGAAAUGGUGCGGUGAUCUGGAUUACUGGUUUUAAGAUGAAGAAGUCAGUGAACAGCACCUGGUACCUGAGCCUGGCUUUGUCUGACUUCAUUUUCUGCGCUACUCUCCCUUUCAUCAUUAUCAAAACAGUGAUGGACGACUGGAUCUUUGGGCUCUUCAUGUGCAAGUUCACCUCUUUUGUUAUGACCAUCAAUAUGUACAGCAGCAUUUUCAUCCGGGUCAUCAUUAGCGUGGAUCGCUGCAUCACAGUCAAGUUUCCUGUCUGGGCCCAAAAUCAACGCACUAUAAAGAAAGCUUCUUUAGCUGUUAUGAUGGCUUGGUUCGUGUCGGCUUUGCUUAGCAUUCCAUCUGCCAAAUUUAGAGAUAUUAUCCAUGACUCAACGGUCAAAUGUUAUACCGACUAUAAAGGUUACCACAGAACCAUUGUGUUCACACGCUUUACUUUUGGGUUUUUAAUUCCGCUCCUGACCAUUUCCACCUGUUACUCCGUCCUGAUCUGUAAACUUAGAGCAAACCAAAUGUCCAAAUCCACCAAGCCUUACAAGAUAAUGAUUUUACUGAUUACAACUUUUUUUGUCUGUUGGUUGCCAUUUCACAUUAUUUGUAUUCUAGAGGUGGGCAAAACUGAGCAUGAUCCUGUCUUUAACACGGCCCAACAAAUAUCUGCAGCCCUUGCCACUGCAAACAGCUUUAUAAACCCAUUCCUCUAUGCAUUCAUGGCCAAGGAUUUGAAGAAGAAAUGCUAUUCCUUCCUGUCAAAGAUUGAGAGUGCCAUUGAUGAGGAGACCCGGAGCGCUUUCCAAAGAACCUCCAUUACCAAUUCUGUGGAUUGAGACAGACUUUCCACUGCUGUCUGAAAUUUUAAAACAAUUCUUGAACAAAAGAUAUUUCUCUUUAUUCUCUUCCACAUCGGACUGGAGAAUGUUAGCCUAUAGAAAAGAUGGAACGUUAAUAAGUUGUACAAUUGUUUGUUGCAUGUAACGCAGCUGAAAUAUCUAGAAUAAAUCUAUGUAAAUAGGUUCAAUAAAAGCUACUUUCUACAAAAGUUUUGUAUAUUAAAAUGCCAUUUUGCUCAAUGAUUUUGCAGAAUUUACUGAUUUUAUCUUAUAAUUUGUGCAUGUUACUGAUCAACACAUCGCAGAUACAUAAAUAUAUGGAGUGGGGCAUCAAAUAAUUUGGGGUUUUGAAUUUACUGACGAUUGUAUGCAUUGAGCAUCAUUUGAGCAAGAUCAACAAAUCUUGUUACGCUCCACAU